AUGUGCAUCUCUCAGUUUACUGAAUAUAGGAGACGACCCCAUCGAGACCGCCUCUUCCUCCGGCGACCACGCCACCCAGCGCCACCAGGACGCCGCCGCACCACCACCGAGCUUCCAGCUAUCCCCGUCCCAAUCCCCUCCUCCGGGCGGCCGCUCCUCGCGCACCACCAGAAGCAGCACAAGCGGACAGCAGCAGCUGCGCCCGCCUCCCGCCCACGCGAGCAGAAGUCGUGCUCGAUCCGGUCAAAGGUGAUAUUUUUACACGGGCGGUGGUGCUCGAUCCGUGCUGGAGCAGCGGGAGGAGGAUGGCGGCGCAGUGGUCUUCUGUUCUUCCCUGCUGUCGAGAAGCGCCCCCGGCCUGUUGACCCGCGCGCCCUCGUCCUGGCCGUGGCCGCUACCCGGGCUGCUCGCGAGGCGGCGCAACAUGUCGGGGUCGCCGACGACCCUGAGGAGGAAGAGGAGUGCUUGGUCCGGCGCUCCGGCCGUCUCCUGCACCCUGCCGCCAAGCUCCUCGGAGAUGCAUCUGAAUUUGUAGGCCGUAUGCAUCGUUCUGAUGCAGAGGCCGGGGAGUCCCCCCUUUUCGAAAAAAAAUAUCUGAAUUCAGGUAGGCGACAAGUGUUCGACGAGUGCUGGCUGCAGUGCCGGGCAGUGGUGCUUCGACUGCGAGGCGAAGCUCGCCGGCUCGGCGGCUCCCACCGCGCCCGCUCCACCGCCACCAACCCCUUCCAACUCGUUAACAACUUGUUGCCAUUCAAUAAGUACGCCUACCUCACAACGCACAAUUCAUUCACGAUUGUUGGGGAACCGUCGCACACCGGAUGCCAGCCAUGGAGUAAUUCAAGUUCAAGGUCCCGGUUGGUACUGCCAGCAGCCUUGCCGGUCCAAGCAAUCAAGAUCAUCAGCAAGUCAAUAACGGAGACGGUCGAGCACUGUCAUCAUACUGAACCUGCAACACCAGUGAGAUGACUGAAGAUUGGGUUGUGGUUGGAGUGAGAGGAGAAGCAAAUCACUUGACCAGUUGAAUCCUUGGGUGUACAAGACGGCCGAGCUGUGGCAGGUGAAGGAGCCACUGCCGCUGCCCGCGCCGAAGAAGCGCAACUGCUCCAUGGUGUUCACCCUCAAGGAGAUGGAGGAGGCCACCGGCAUGUUCAGGAGAACUUCCUCUUUGGUUCGAUACACAUACAUUAUUUAACUGUGAUUUAGAGUUAUGAUUAUUUGAUGUGGCGAACAUAGAAUCCUGCCUGCGCAUUUCUGUGAUUAUUUUGUACCCUGAAUUCAAGUAAAUUAAGUUGCCUGUACCAAGUUGAGUAUUUAGUUCGAUGAGUAAUUUUCUGUCUGGAGAUGAUGAGCAGAGCAUAAAAAUGAUUGCUUAUCUGUAUACUGUUGUUGCUGUAGUUUAAAAGGCUCAAGAUCUUCUACUCACAUGCUUGUUUAUCUCACAUCUCUGAGCCAAAGUUAUCUCACAUGCUUGUUUAUUCAAUAUUUUUCUGACAUACGCGUAAUACAGAUGGCGUGCCCAAAGUGAAAUCUGACCGGAGACUUUGAAAGAUCAGAGGUAACAUACUUUUAGCCGUGAAGGGUGAAAUGCUCAAAUGUUUAUUUUGUUUUUGCGGUACCCCUUUUGUGCCAAUGAAAGAUCUUCCUGUCAGAGAGGGCUUAAGGAUCUUCCUGUCAGAGGAGUACAUUAUUUUGUUUGACAGGAGUAUUUCAAGAUCAGUACAUUAUUUUGUUUGACAGGAGGGCUUAAGGACCUACAGUAUCAUGGUGAUUUCAUAUCAAAAUCGAGGAGUACUCCUGUUCAUUUGGAGAACUCAAACAGCAAUUGAUAUGCAUCAAAAUUGGGAUCAACAGUAGCAUGGGGCCUUAUCAUUCUGGUUUUUGGAUGACUUAGUUAAUCAAAUUCCUCAAUUGAGGAACACCUGAACUUGUCAUUCCGGUCUUGGGAUCAACAGUAGCAUAUGGACUUAUCAUUCUGGCUUUUGGAUGAUUUAGUUAAUCAAAUUGACAUCAAUUGACCUGUUUUUUGGAUCAAUUGCAGAUUCUCUUGGUUGGAGUGGAGAGGAGCAGAGACGAGAGGAGCAGCAGAAGUGGACAGCGCAACGGCUGACUUUGAGCUCUUGAUUGGAGUGGGGGAGGCGGCCGACGAAGGAUCUGUGGCCAGCAGCGAAGGAUCCGAAGUUGUGGCGGAGCAGGCAGCCGGCGGGAAGGGCGGCCGGCGAGGGAGCUGCGGACCUUGGCGUGGAAGGGCGGCCGAUGAGGGAGCUGCAGACCGCGGCGGGGAAGGGCCGGCCGGCGAGGGAGCUGCGGACCGCGGCGGGGAAGGACGCCGGAUGAGCCCGGCGAAAGGGAGCAGCGACGGCGGAGAAGCCUGGUGUAGGGGAGGAGCGACGGAGGAAGACGCCUCCUGAUGGAUUUCAAAUCGGGGGUAGUAUUGUACUUUCACACUAUUUCACCUGGUCGGAAUGAUGCCCCCAGCGACAAUUAUUUCGGAACGGAGGGAGUAUAAUUUAACAAGCUGGGGGACAUAGCCAAAAGACACUGGGGGGUUUUCACCGCACCAACUAUCAUAGACCAAUUCCAGGAGUUGAGGGGCAGAGAUUAGUUCAACUUGUUCACACUCAAAGUCGAUAAGUUCAAGUCCUAUGAGCUCCGAGCAUGGAUCAUCUAUCUUGAGGACAGGGUCCUGGCCCAUUUGACAGGAUCUCAAGGAAAGGAGCUUAAGUUUAUUGCAAGUGUUGAGGAUAUUGGGGAUAUCUGAGUCUUCAAAAGAAAGGCUCCGCAGCGUCAGUUUGGUGAGCAAACUGAAGGGAUCGGGGCAAGCAUGGAAGGACAUAAAGCACUGUCUGAACAGUACAAGUUCAGCCUCACUUGGACAUGCAACAUGGCCGGUCGCCGCAAACUCGAGGUAUUCUGGUACGUCGAUCUUCACAGCAUCCCCGGCGGCAUGACCGAUGGAGGACAAGUAAGGGUCUGCUAGGUAGAAGCAGAGCUGCAGGAUCUUGAUGACCCGAUUGCAUCCACAAGGCGGAGGAGAUAGAAAUCUCCUUGUCGCAUCAGUGUACGCAGUCAUUAUCUGGUCCACCGUGCCUGGAAAGUCUUCGGCAUUAAUUUGCAGAUUAGAGAGCUGAUGCGGGAGGUGCCUCCAUCGUGUGGAGAGCACGCCGGUCUGAACUGCCGUGGGCAUGUAAAGGCAUUAUUCGAGGAUUUUGAGUAGAAGAUGGUCGGGUAGCGCGCUGAUUCUGUCAUCGUUUUCGCUUGCACUGGUGCUAUCUUCAUCUCUCAUGAUCUGCAAAAGAGAGAUAAACUAGUAGGAUCAAAACAGCUACAGAAGCCAUAUCUUCUUCUUGUUA